UAAUAACUUCAAUAACUUCCAUAACCAAUCACUAGCACGACACAACAACCUUAAAAUUCAUUUCUAAAUAAAAACAAACAAAACAACACUACACAAAUAUUGUGCAUAUCUUUGUCUUUGAGCCUCCUUAUUACUUUCUCAUUUUUUAGUUCAUUGUAUUUUCAAUUUCAAACUUGUGACUCCAAAAUAGUGUCAUAGAUUUCUAAAUGGAGAUGUUGGCGUCUAAUGAUUCACAAGUAAAGGUAGACACAAAGUCGGAGCCAUCGAUGGGUGGCGGCCGCCACGUCGGGAUCGUACAACGGUGGAAGGUGGAGGAUUCACUCAAGAGAUACACUUUGGGAUUUAGAGUAGUUACUCUAUUUUUCUCUUUAGUUUCCUUUCUCCUCAUGGCAAGUAACAAUCAUGGUGGUUGGAGAAACUUUUACAACUACGAAGAGUAUAGGUAUUUGCUGGCAGGGGGGAUAAUUUCUAUUUUGUACACUGGAGGCCAAGUGUUUCGUCAAAUUCAUGAACUUUCCACUGGAAAUCACUUACUUCGAGCUACAACUACAACUGUGAUUGAUUUUGUUGGAGAUCAGGGAAUAUCAUAUCUGUUGAUAUCAUCAGCAUCCACAUCAAUUACCAUAACAAAUAGAAUGAGGGAAGUUAUAGAUGAUGUAUUUACAGACUCUUCAACUGCAUCCAUUUCAAUGUUAUUUUUUGCCUUUUUAUGUCUUGCAAUAUCAGCCAUCAUAUCAGGAUACAGAUUAUCAGCCCAAAAUUAUAUAUGAUGUUGCACUAAAUUUUAUCCUAUAUCAACUUUCAUCCUUUUAUAAUUUAUUUCUAAAUAAAAUACAUUUAUCUAUAAAUUUGUGUAAGGAGGUGAUUUAAAUAUUUGUGUAAUGCUACAAUGAGAUUCUACUUGUUUCAUGCAA